AUGCACAUACAAGUAUUUAAAACAGUAUUGAACACACACUCACAGGCCCAAUGUGUUUGUGUGUUCAUUAGCAUGCUGUUCACUCUCUCUGAUUGUGAACAAAACAAAACCUCUCUUAUGCAACUCUUGUCAGCUGACAGAACACACACACACACACACACACAGACACACACUCUCACACACACACACACACUCACACACAUAAACACAGGCUGUCCUAGCUGGAUAAAGAAGGAUCCACAGGUCUUGAUUAACAGUGUGUGUUUGAAGAUGCUGAACUUGCGGAAUGGUGACAGUGAUGGUGUAAUUGAUCCUGUGUGUGUGAACGUUGGAGGGGAGCUUUACACCACCACGCUGGACACACUGACGCGCUGCCGGGACUCCAUGCUGGGUGCCAUGUUCACUGGCCAGAUUCCGCUGCUGCGUGAUCGCCAUGGAAACUUCUUCAUCGACCGCGAUGGGAAAACCUUUCGCCACAUUCUGAACUUCCUGCGCUGCAGCAGCCUCGACCUUCCGGCCGACUUCACAGAGCUGACCCUGCUGCGACGCGAGGCCGACUUUUUCCAGAUCCGUCCACUGAUGGAGGAGCUGGAUCGCAGAGGGGCGGAGCCAGGGAGCGGACGAGGAGGGGAAGGGGCAUUGCUGUGUGUGGAGGUGGACAGCGUGGAACGGGUUCUGCACUUCAACUACAAGCGCAAACCAGAGAGCUACGAGCUUUGCUCCUGUGCCGUCCGUGUUCACUCUGCCCACAUCUUCUGCACCUCACACACGCUCAUCCAGCUGCUGAGCUCCAGCUUCUCUUACUGGACGGGCAGCGUCUCAGUGGUGCCGCAGCCAGGGCGGAUGGACCUGAAGCUGGAGUGGGUUCCUUGUCCUCCAGAGUUACCGCGAGAACAGCACAUCAGGCAUGGCUUCCAGGAGCUAUCCGUCACUCAUCACUCUGAGCAUAGUGAGCAUGGCAUCUCCCUCUCUGACACCCGUAGCUUCAUGGCCGAGCUGCUAAGGGUGGUGCUGGCCGAAGGGUUCCGUAUUGAUCUGGUGUCCCCUGACCCCAGCGACGUGCUGAACUGCCACCAUCUACGAUGUGUGCGUUACUAAACCCGCCUGAUCCAGUGUUACACAGUUCCCUAACCUACUACAGUCAAACUACGCAACCUGCAGAUUUCUGCAGCAAUUGUGAGCUGAUCAUCACCGCCUCCUUAGUGACCAUCAAGAUCCUGGACGUGACUUUUGGACAUGUUUUUGAUAAACCCUGCUAACAAUCUAACCCAUGUGUUAUUGUCAUCACUUGCUAGUUUAACUGCUUUAAACUCUAAUCAUAUGUAUCCUUCAGACAAAAGUUCAGACAAAGUACACUAACUGGGUAAUUAACAAACAUAAUGAAUUUAAUGAUGUUUUAAUGUACUGUUCAUUUGAUCUUUUAAAAUGUAUACAGACUGUUUUACAUUUAAACUGUUGCCUUAACUGUUCAUUGACACCAACAAUAUAUAUUAAACAAACCUAAGCAUUAA